AUGAGGCUGCUGCUCUGGGACUGCGACGACCGUACGUACGGCUAUUACAUCGAAGUGUCGACCAACCAGCGCGACUGGACGACGGUGUGCGACCGGUCCCGCUCGCUGUGCCGCUCCUGGCAGGUGGUCACGUUCCGGCGCCGGCCGGUCGUCUUCAUCCGCAUCGUCGGCACCAGAAACUCGGCCAACGAGGUGUUCCACUGCGUGCACUUCGAGUGUCCGGCGCAGUGUGAUGUGGAGCGGCAGCUGACACCCGAGCAGGAGGAGCCGGAGCCGGUGGAGGGCGCUGUUCUCUUCGUCUGGGGUUAG